CACGCAAGCUAUGGUGAAUAUACGAGAAAACGGUUCUCUAAUGUACGCCACCUCAGCCUGUCCUAUCUCCACUAUUGUACGCCUCCACGUUCGGCCUAUCCUGUCCUCACCCAAACACCAAUUAUUAAGACAAAGACAACAAAUUUCCCAUCAUUAGCUCUUCGUUCAACUGUUUUUUUCUAAAGGUUCUUUCUUUUCUUAUCUCUCUCUUUUUUGUUAAUCUGAUGUUGGUUCUGUAAUUCUUUCGUGCUUCUAAUCUAAAUUUGUUGUAUUGGCGAUCUUUUCUGAUUUGGAAUUGUUGUAAAAAAAGUAAAUCACAUGGUUGUUGGUUGAUUUAUCAAGAGUCGUAGCAGGGGUCACCAAGAUGAAGUCUUUGCUUUUUCAACUUAUAUUGGCAUCUUUUGUUCUCUCGAACUUUGACAAUAAUGUGAAUGCUGGUCACACAAGUGUCUUUGUUCGGAAGGAAUGGCCAUCGGAAGACAUCCCUCUUGAUCAUGAAGUAUUUGCUGUUCCCACAGGUCAUAAUGCACCACAACAAGUGCAUAUAACACAAGGAGAUUAUGAUGGGAAAGCUGUAAUUAUCUCAUGGGUCACCCCUGAUGAACCUGGGUCCAGCAAAGUACAGUAUGGAACAUUAAAGGGAAAAUAUGAAUUUACUGCAGAGGGGAAGAUGACAAACUACACCUUUUAUAAAUACAAUUCUGGCUAUAUUCAUCAUGUUCUUGUUGAUGGUCUUGAGUAUGAUACCAAGUUCUAUUACAAGAUUGGAACUGGUGAUUCUGCACGAGAAUUUUGGUUUCAAACACCUCCUAAGAUCGGUCCAGAUGUUCCUUACAAAUUUGGAAUCAUUGGUGAUUUGGGUCAGACAUAUAAUUCACUGUCCACCCUUGAGCAUUACAUGCAGAGUGGAGCACAAACUGUCUUGUUUGUAGGAGAUCUUUCUUAUGCUGAUAGAUAUCAGUAUAAUGAUGUUGGUAUAAGAUGGGAUUCAUGGGGUCGCUUUGUUGAGAAAAGUACUGCAUAUCAUCCUUGGAUCUGGUCUGCUGGGAAUCAUGAAAUAGAAUACAUGCCUUACAUGGAUGAAGUUGUCCCUUUUAAGUCCUAUCUCCAACGGCACCCUACACCUCAUUUGUCUUGUAAAAGCAGCAGCCCAAUGUGGUAUGCUAUUAGACGUGCAUCUGCUCAUAUCAUUGUGCUAUCGAGCUACUCUCCAUUUGUGAAAUACACACCUCAAUAUGAGUGGCUUAGUGAAGAAUUAAAGAAGGUUGACCGGGAGAAGACUCCUUGGCUUAUUGUCCUUAUGCAUAUGCCAAUCUACAAUAGCAAUGAAGCACAUUUCAUGGAGGGUGAAAGUAUGCGAGCAGUCUUUGAAGAAUGGUUCGUCCACCACAGAGUUGAUGUAAUCUUUGCUGGUCAUGUCCAUGCUUAUGAAAGAUCUUAUCGAAUCUCAAAUAUAAGGUACAAUGUAUCAAGUGGCGAACGUUACCCUGUACCAGACAAAUCAGCUCCAGUUUACAUCACUGUCGGAGAUGGUGGAAAUCAAGAAGGUCUAGCUGGAAGAUUUUUAGAUCCCCAACCAGAGUAUUCUGCAUUCCGAGAAGCUAGUUAUGGUCAUUCGACACUGGAGAUCCAAAAUAGGACACAUGCAUUCUACCAUUGGAACCGCAAUGAUGAUGGGAAAAAAGUGGCAACUGACUCGUUUGUAUUACACAAUCAGUACUGGUCAAGCAAUCUGAGACGAAGAAAACUGAAGAAGCAUCAUUUGAGUAGCGUGCUUAAGCGUAUUGCUUCUUAUUGAGAAGAUGAACUUUCGACUAGAGUAUUUCAUCUCUGGUACAGAUUUGGUUGAUUAAAUUUCAGUAAGAAGAUGAAAAUGCCAAAAUUAAUCAAAUCAAGUAAGCAAAGAUGCUAAGGAGUUUUGGCAUUUUCUUCUUUUUCUUCGAAAUCAUGCUUCAAAAUGAACUCUUUAAAUGGCUCAUAAAUUGUAUGCUGUAGCUAGAAUUAUCACUGUUCAUAAUUAGGUGGAUUUACUUCGAUUCUAAAUCUCUCUUUUCUUUUUUGGCUACACCCACAGUUCGGGAUAAAAUAAACAGGUCUGUGAAAAGCUUGCUGUUUGAUAAUUCCUGAAUCUUCAAUUGAGAACUUCGUAAA